ACUACUAGCAGCAGUGAAUGGAAAAGUUGAUAGUUUUUCAUGAAGUAAUGUAAACGAAUAAGGUACGGUGACGGCUUAUUAAUUUAUUGUAUAAUCUUAAUACUUGCUAACUUUUGACUAAUCUUUUACACAAGAUACAUGUAAUAUGCAUUAUUGAUACAUAAACGUAAUCGAAGCUCUGGAAGGGCAUUUAAAACUCAUGGAAGUGGAUUAAAUCUUGAUAUGCAAGACUUGACACGAUCAUGGCAGAUCAUACUAAAGAGGAUCUAGAAAAUCGUUUGCGAAGGCAUUCCCACAGUACUCCAGGGAGUCAGGAAGAUGUACGUGAAGGCAAUAUGCAAGAAGAAUUCGACCCCUUCUUGGGAGAAGGCGAUUUCUUUGAAGAGAAUGUCAAUAUUUCUCUCACUGCCCCACCUCAAACACAAUGGUAUCAUGGACGAUUGGAUAGAUACAGUGCAGAGCUUCGUCUUCAAGCUGCUAGUAAAUUGGGAAGUUACCUCAUUCGAGAAAGUGAUCGAAAACCAGGAUCUUAUGUUCUCUCUUAUUUGGGACAUACUGGAAUAAACCACUUCAGAAUUACUGCUGUCUGUGGAGAUUAUUACAUUGGAGGAAGACAGUUUGAUUCUCUAUCGGAUCUAAUAGGGUACUAUACAAGUUGGUCAGAUCUUUUGAAAAAAGAGAGACUUGUUUAUCCUGUUCCUCCACCAGAGCCUGUCAAUGACAAGAAAAGAGUUGUGGCAAUUUUACCUUACAAUAAGAUGCCUGAUACUGAUGAAAUAAGUUUUUUGAAAGGUGAUAUAUUCAUUGUUCACAAUGACAUGGGAGAUGGAUGGUUAUGGUGCACUCUGCAUAGAACUCAAGAAAGUGGUUUGGUGUUUAAAGAACUUGUUGAAGAAUUGGAUGAUGAUGUUGAUCCUAAUGAGAUUUAUCCAUGGUUUCAUGGAACGAUUAGUAAAGAAGCCGCCGUGGAAAAGCUUGCAAAGAUGGGUCCUGGAAGCUUCUUAGUGAGACCUAGCGAUAAUUCCCCUGGAAACUACUCAUUGUUCUUCCACAUUAAUAACACCAUUCAACGAUUUAGAAUUGAAAAACGAGGAAAUCGCUAUAUUAUGGGAGGAAGAUGUUUUGACAGUUUGGAAGCUGUUAUCAGUAGAUAUAAAGUGGAGCAAAUCGUUGAAGGCCAUCAUCUUGGGGAUCCUGUGUUAAAGGCACCUUAUGAAUCAAAAGAACUCAGCAAAGCUGAAGAAAUUCAGCAAAAAUCACAGGACAUCUAUGCCACUUUACGUGAAAGCCGAGAAUCUGGCAUUGCAAAACGCAACAAGGGAAUUCGUAUGAAAGGCUAUUUGAAUAAGAAAAGUUGUUUUAACCCAGGUCAAGGGAAUAGAAAAUGGAAAAACCUUUAUUUUGUGCUUAGUGCCAAAGAGCAGCAACUUCUAUUUUUUGAUAAUCCAAGGCGUACAAAACCAAAAGGACUCAUUGAACUGAAUUAUACAUAUUUAUACAUGGUUCAUGACAGUCUCUUUGAAAGGCCUAAUUGUUUCCAAUUAGUAGAAAGAGCACUGCCUUGUAUAAGCACGGUUUAUUACUUGUGUGCCAGUUCCCCUGAUUUAACACAAGAAUGGAUACAAGCAAUUAAACCAUUAUGCUCUCCUCAACUUCCACGAGGCAGAGCCCCUAGUCAUAAUGUAACCGAAGUUCGCAGUUUGCAUCUUACAUUGCUCGAGGCUCACCGUUUACCUGUCAGACUUGUUCCUCAUCCAUUCUGCAUAAUUUCUCUCAACCAAGUGAAAGUGUGUCGAACACAAGUCAAGUGCCCUCCUGAUCCUAUAUGGGAGGAAGAUUUCAUUCUUGAAGACAUUCCAUCUGACAUUACAUCAUUUGCAAUUACGUUAUAUAAUAAAGGCAAAAGAUCGAAAGAUACCGAAAUAGCUGAUGUUACAGUCGAGUUAGAAAACUUAAUUAAUGGUGAGGAGAUUGAAGAUUGGUUUCCUCUGGGUGGAUUAACUCCUCCCAUUAGAGAAGACUGGGGCUCUUUAAGAGUUAGGAUUCGAUAUAUUCAUGAAGUUAUUAUGCCUCUAGCUGAAUACAAUGCUUUGAAGGAGCUCAUCAUGGAAGAAGAUUUGGAAGUUGUUAGUGUUUUAGCAGAUCUUUGCCAUCGAGACAGGACUCCACUUGCAAAUGCUGUUCUUCGCGUAUUUAGGUUUGAACGGAAAGAAGCCAUGUUAUUGAAAACAAUGAAUGAUCGUGAAAUACAGAUUGAAGAAGAUACUACGACGCUAUUUCGAUCUGCAUCUCUUACAACAACUUUAAUGGAUCAUUAUAUGAGAUCAACAGCUAAUGGUUUCUUACAUCAGGCAGUACAAGAUUUUAUCUUAAAAGUUAUGGAUAGUCGACAGUCCUGUGAGUUGAAUCCAAGUAAGUUAGAAAGUCCCAUUGAAGCUUGCACAAAUGCAGAAAAUAUGCUUGGCCUUUUGGAUGAAGUUAUUGAAUCAAUAUUUUCUUCAAUUGAUUCUUGUCCUAGAACUUUACGAUAUAUCUGCAGUUGUCUUCAAAAGAGUGUUAUGGCUAAGUGGCCAAAUGAUCCAUUGGUCAAAACUAGAGUGGUUAGUGGGUUUGUUUUCCUUCGACUGUUGUGUCCUGCAAUUUUAAAUCCUCGCCAAUUCAAUUUAAUAAAUGAUACACCAUCGGAAAUAGCUGCAAGAAGUCUAAUAUUGGUUGCUAAAUGUUUGCAAAACCUUGCUAAUUUAGUAGAGUUUGGUGCCAAGGAACCAUGGAUGGAAGUGAUAAAUCCUUUUAUUUUGAAAAACAAGAAUAGAAUGAUCAAGUUCCUUGAUGACAUAUCGAAUGUUCCUGAAAGACCAGAACCAGAAGAAACUUUUUCUGGGGAUCCAGCUCGUGAUCUAGCAACACUCCAUCACAUAUGUGCCACACACAAAGAAGAAUUACAAAAUUUAAGCCCUCAUAGGCCGAUUUUGAAGAAACUAGUUACCGUAACGGAUAUGCUCUCUAAACAUAAACAACACUAUACUGAAAUGCUGAGAUAGUACUUCUCUGGAGGCUGUAUUUUGAGUAGCUAAAAUAGACGCAAAGAGCAGGUGGCUAGACUGCACCCAUUUAGCAGCGCAGUUUUUGGAGCCUAUGGUUUAAAUUCUCCUUGCCUGGCAUCAAGCAACUAGUGUUCCAGCAGAUUCUGGCAACUGAGAGAAGUGUAUGAAGUGAUCAAUUUAUUCCUACCAAGCCCAGCUUCUCCAUCUGCCUCUUGCCAAAGGAUAUAGACUUAACAGAACAUAAAUUACAUGAAAAAGAGCUUGCGAAUUCCUUACAUACACAAUGUUUCAAGACAUGUAAGUUGUGCAAUAGCUCUUUAACUUGGUGCUGUGUUGUGAAAGAGCAGUUUUCGAUUUUCGACUUCCAAUUUCGAGCCCUGUGCGAGAGGGAUUCCCAAUUUACAUCGCCUUACUGUUUAGUUUAUUUUUGUUGUUGACAGAAUUAAUUUUCACUAUCUGAACUGAAAGUGUGCAACUACUCAGGUAAAAGUUGUGAAAAUAUUUGCAUUUAUGUGUCACAUCAAAGCAACUUUGAUAGGCUGGUUAAUUAAAGAACCAAUUACUCCAAAACAUAACAUUAUAUGACUUAAAGAUUGGAAAUCUUGUAAAAUAUUUCUUUGAGAAAAGAUAUUAUCAAGAGUUUAAAAAUAUUGUACUAAUUACAGCAAUACCCAAACAUGAAAAUGAAGUGUGUGAAUACUUUUUUCAUAAAAUUCUUCCCUCCUAUAUUGCAAUUUCCUUAUGCAGCAUUGGAAUGUAAAGAGAGUAUUUGAAGUGUACCAAUUUUGUGUGCUAAAGCUGUUUUCGUUUGUAUCCAUCAUUCUUGUGCAUGUGUUACUGUUUUGUAAAUUUAAUGAGUACAAAAAUAACUAUAUAAAUAUCUUGAAUACUUUUAUCUUUAAUAAGAGUGCUAUUGUGAUAGUUGUCAGAGGUUGUAAUUAUUUAGAUGUAUUUAUUUUUUAAAAAAAUGCCUGUAAAUAAUUGUGCCAUUUCUUUUAAAUGCAACUGAAAACUUUGCUCAAAACAAGCGCACCACUACCUAAUGUGAAGAUGUCAGUUUACCUUCUCUGCAGGGCUCCACCGUUGUUCAUGUGUAAAUAUAUAUAUAUAUCUAUAUUUUUUUUUUACUUUUGCCAAUUAGAAAAAAUUUGUAUAAUAAUUAGCUUGCCUAAUUCCAAUACAAAAUAUGUAUGAUACUUAAAGCAUUAGUUGUUGUGUACAGAAAUUACGGAAGGGAAAAAAAAAAACAAUUUGUCUGAAAAAUUUGAAUUUUAGAUAGCAGACUUUUAAAUGUUGAAACAUUGAGUCUAUUUUAUGUACAUACUAUUAGUUAACAUUUAGAAUUCUUUAAUAUAUGAAAAUAUACAUAUAUAUUAAAGAAUCUGAACUUGUAAAUUUCUACACUUUUAUUCUCUUCUGAAGUUAAAGCAGGAGUGAUUAAUGGUAAAAUAGAUUAUUCAAUUGCAAAUUUCUUAUAAUUUAUGAAUAUUUGGUUUGUAUUAAUCGUUAAUACAGAAGAAAUGUGAUUGCAGACUUGAAAUAGUGUUGCAUAGUAUUAAUUUUUAAAAAGUGGCUUACUCCAAGAGUGAACGUACAUGUUCUAGAAUUUUUUUAGUUUAAAUUUACGAAUAUUUAUGAUAACUUUUUAAUAAAAAAAUGUUGAACAUUUGAAAUUUGUAUAUAUUGUGUGAAAAAAGUUACUCUAUGUGACUGUACAUUUGAAACUCCGAUUUUUCCUUUACUGCAGAAAUGAAACAUGUACAAAUAUUUAACAUUAUUUGAAGAAAAAAAAUGAUCUCUUAAUUUAUUUGUGAUGUAUUAUACUCCUUGUCGAAAGAAUUUUUUAAUGAUCUGUGUAAAAGUUUUAUAGGCUAUCAAAGCAUCAAAUGUUGUAUUUGUUUUUUAAUAAGCAUUCGAAUUUUAAUUACAUUUAUGAAGUUUUGUACAAAUAGAAGCAAUAAAAUACUUAAAUGUUUUAACACCUGCAAAUAAAUCAAAAUAUUUUGCGUGAUCAAAAGUCCUUUUUAACACUUAAUGAAUUGCACAACAUACAAACUAUUUCUCCAACUUAAAUUUUUUUUAUGAUACUUGCAUUUGUUAACGAUGUGACUUAUAAAUAUGACUAUAAUCUGUAUUCUAGUCUUCUUAUAACAUUUCAUAUUAUGUUAUUUUAUAAGUUGUUUUUAAUUGUGAUAUGAUUAUUUCUUGUUUAAGCAACUAAUUAAGAAUACAUGUGCUGCAAUAUUACUUUUUGUUAUGCAUUUAUCAAAUCACCUCUUUGUUUCCAACUUUACUUCAUGAAAUAAACAAUGAAAUAGAUUUUUCUAUUCUC